GACCUCCCCGCAUGUGACUAAGCGGCCUGUUCCUGCAGCCCGGAGCAGCCCAGGAGAGAGAUGGGGCCUUCGAAACACACAUCACCGGUGAUUCCAGGGCCGUUGUGUGUGGGGCUGUUCGUCCUCUUCCCCAGAGAUGACACUUUCUGGGGACAGAAGAGUUGUCUCCUCCCUCUGGCCCUGUCUGCUGCUUUGUGCAGUGGCUUGAGGAUGCCAUCCCGGGCUCCCGGCUUCCGGAAAGACAGGUUGAAAACCCAGCUACAAGGGCUUCCCUCACCACCGGAUUCUGUAGCGUACACUGCCAGUCUCUUGUCUUCCUUCACCAUGGCGUCUUCUGAUAUUCAGGUGAAAGAACUGGAGAAGCGUGCUUCGGGCCAGGCUUUUGAGCUGAUUCUCAGCCCUCGGUCAAAAGAAUCUGUCCCGGAUUUCCCCCUUUCCCCUCCGAAGAAGAAGGAUCUUUCCCUGGAGGAGAUUCAGAAGAAAUUAGAAGCUGCUGAAGAAAGACGCAAGUCCCAUGAAGCCGAGGUCUUGAAGCAGCUUGCCGAGAAACGGGAGCACGAGAAAGAAGUGCUGCAGAAAGCGAUAGAAGAGAACAACAACUUCAGCAAAAUGGCGGAAGAGAAACUGACCCACAAGAUGGAAGCUAACAAAGAGAACCGAGAGGCCCAGAUGGCUGCCAAGCUGGAGCGUUUGCGAGAGAAGGAUAAGCACAUUGAGGAAGUGCGGAAGAACAAAGAAUCCAAAGACCCCGCUGAUGAGACUGAAGCUGACUAAGUUCUGAGAAUUGACUUUCUCCCCUUCCCCUUCCUAAAUAUCCAAAGACUGUACUGGCCAGUGUCGUUUCAUUUGUUCCCUCCUGACAAAUACCCUAGCAGCUGAUGUAGGACUGUAUAGGUAGACCCGACCGUAAGAUGUUGUUUUAGGGGCUAAGGGGAGAAACUGAAAGUGUUUGACUCUUUUUCUAAAGUGUUGGUCUUUCUAAUGUAGCUAUUUUUCUUGCAUCUUUCCUACUUCAGUACACUCGUGUACUGGGUUAAUGGCUAGUACUGUAUUGGCUCUGUGAAAACAUGUUUGUGAAAAGAGUAUGUAGUGGCUCCUUCCGAACCGUUAGAUGCUGAUUAUCUGUUCACUCUUCAAUCCCAAUUCUGUCCCCAUCUUACCAGAUGCUACUGUACUUGAAUGGUUAAUAAAGCUGCACAGUGCUGUUGGUGGC